CAUUGGACAAAAUGUUGUGUAAAUUGCCUAGAGAGCGAAACAUCUUGGUUACAAAACUAGUGUUAUGAAGUGAACAUAUCCUACUUAGAAGACACUAUUCGUCUCACGUUAACGAUGGGUGCCAGCAUAUCGGUAGAUCCAGAUACACAUGUCGUAGUGGUUGGUGGCGGUUUUGGGGGUAUAGCAGCGGCACAACAACUCAAAUCCAAUGGCAUAAAAUUUACACUCAUCGACUUGCGGGACGCUUUUCAUCAUAACGUCGCCGCGCUGCGCGCUUCUGUUCAAAGUGGCUUUGCCAAAAAGACCUUUAUCCCAUACAAGGAAACCUUUGGAGAGAGCUUUCUCCAGGGUCGAGUAGUGAAGGUAGACACAGAUGCAAGAGUCAUUGUUCUGGAAGAUGGACGGGAAGUGUGUUAUACACACCUUAUCCUGUCUACUGGAACAGACGGCCCUUUUCCUGGGAAAUUCAAUGCCGUGGCCACCUACAAAACAGCCAUUGAAGCUUAUGAGAAUUUUAUCAAAGAGAUCCAAUCUGCAGAGUCUGUAUUGGUGGUUGGUGGUGGUUCGACUGGUGUAGAGAUGGCAGCUGAGGUCAAAACAGAAUACCCCAACAAGAAGGUUAUCCUGAUCCACUCCCAUAUUGGCUUGGCAGACCCAGAGCUGCUCUCUAGUGUGAGACAGCAGGCCAAAGAUGUGCUGUUGGAGAAAGGGGUGGAGCUUGUGUUAGGCCAGAAGGUUGCUAACCUGAAGGAUCUGACGUUAAAUGUGACCCAGAAGGACAUGAUCAUCACAACAGAUAAAGGCACAGAGAUCAAAGUUGAUCUCGUCAUCUGCUGCACAGGGAACAAGAUCAACUCACAAGCAUACAGCAGCACAAUGAGUGAAUGUCUAGCUCAGAAUGGAGCCUUGAAGGUGAACGAGCACCUUCAGGUGAGGGGUUUCGACAGGAUCUAUGCUGUCGGGGACUGUACCAACAUCAAGGAGCCCAAAACGGCGUACCAUGCAGGGCUCCACGCCGGAAUCGCCGUCACAAACAUCAUCAACAGCCUCACCGGAAAGCCUCUGGUCUCAUACCGCACAGGCAAUGUGACCAUGCUUCUGGCCAUGGGGUGUGAUGAUGGAGUGGGACAGUUCAACGGCUACAGGCUUCCUCGCUUCCUUGUCAUUCAAGGCAAGAGCAAAAGCCUUCUCCUGUGGAAGAGUUGGAAAGACAUGGGACAGACAUCCCCAUAGGAUGUGUCAGCCAGAAGUGUAACAUUGUCCGUCCAUCACAUCUGUGGCUAUGAACCUUUGUCCUCACAGUUGACUUCUUUAUUUGUGUAGAAACAGUGCCUUUUGAUACACGACCAUAAAAAGGAUAGACAUUUGUUCUAAUAUAAAGCCAUCUUUUUUCCAGUUUUGUCUUAAUCACAGAUGGAAUAUUCCAUUUUAAUUUGAUAUGCCAACUGUGCAAAGGUACAUGUUAUUGCAUGUGUGCAUCUAUCAUUUAGCACAUUUGUUUAAAUUGUAUGUUGCUGCCAAAUGCCAUAAUAUGCUAUGGGGAUCAGAUUUAUAUUAUGCCAUAUGUUUUUCCAAAUGUGGAAGUGUCUCUUAUUCAAAAAAGAAUACAAUGCAAUAAUGUUAAUAUGGUUUACAAGAGAUUUCUAUUGUAUGACAGAACUUACUCAAUAAAUAUGUCAAAAUAUUGUUA